GAUUCUGGAAGCCAUUACGUUGCGCACAUCAAUUGAGUCAAUCCUACUAUUUUUGCGUACAAUACGCACAAUUACUUCAACAAAAGAGGAAUUUCCGUAGUAAUGGCAUCGAUCGCGAAAAAGAGAAAAAUGAAUUUCUCGGAGAGAGAGGUGGAAAUUAUUGUGGAAGAAAUAGAGAAACAAAAACACACACUGGUUAACCAUUACAAUGCUGGAGUCACCCACAUGGCAAAGAAUAACGCGUGGGUGGACAUCCUGAAAAAGGUAAACGCUGUCACCACCUGUCCCAGAGAGCUGCCCGAGGUGAAAAAGAAGUGGUCCGACAUGAAGACGGAGGUCCGCCGGAAAGUGGCUCAGGCGCGGGCCGCUAUAGAGGGAACCUCCGCCGACUGCACUCCAGUUCCCGUCAUCCUCACUGCUAUGCAGCAGAGGAUCUGUAACCUCCUUGGGGAGGCCACCAUCAUCAGCUUACCUGCAGGGGACUCGGAUGCUGAGAUGAGCUUACCUGUAACAGUGACCACCGCCACCACCGUCACACUAGCAGAGACUGGCUCAGGAACAGUCUGUGAUGAAGCAAAGCCACUGAAUGCUGAAACAACUUACCACACCCUGGAGGAUGGAGGCGUGGUGGAGUACUGCACCACCACUGUAAGCGACUCCACUCCCACUAUGGUGGCGGCCGUCGAGGCUCCAGUGGAGAUGCUGGCCUCAUCCUCAGCUUCCCCACCUCCUCCUCAGGGUCAGGCCAAACCUCAGGAGCUGAAGAGCCGCAUCGCCCUCAACUCAGCCCGCCUGCUGCAGGAGCAGAGAGUCACCAACGUUCACAUCCGACAGAUCGCCCAGCACCUGGAGGGCCAGAACGAGCUGCUGCAUAUGAUGCGGCGCUCCCAGGAGGCUCAGGCAUUCGCCCAAGAAAGACAGGCCCAGGCCCUGGAAGGUACCCAGGCUGCUCUGCUAGCAUUAGUGCAGAUGCUCAGGCCCGCACUCAAAGACCUACGCAAAUUCCUACAGAGUGGGAAUGAGGUGGCCAACCCCAGUAGCUCAGCAGCAGGAGGAACAGCUGACGGGGCAGGAACAGAGGAGCAGAGCAGGCCCAAAACACCUCCACCUCCUCCACAGCAAGCGGAGGAGGCACAAUAGACACUGUGUGUGUGUGUGUGUGUGUGUGUGUGUGUGUGUGUGUGUGUGUGUGUGUGUGUGUGUGUGUGUGUGUGUGCGCGUGCGCGUGCGUGUGUGUGCCUUGUACAUAGAGGAGUCCAUGCACACAGACGAUAGAGAUUUGUCAAAAGUUGCCUUGGGGUGAAUAUGUGAAGACUUUUACUUAUGUUUUAUGAUUCUGAAAAACAGUAGCAGAAGCAGUGAAAAGGUUUUCUUGAAUUUUUUUUUUUUACUUUUUACAAAGUGUCAUUAAUUCGCAGCAAGUUCAUGUUAUUUAAUACUUUGGGUUUAAUAUUGAAAUAAGGUUUUUAAUGCAAAGCUGCAGACAUUCAACAAUGUCAUUCUUAGUUCAAGUCAUCCUGCAGUUUACCCUGAAGAAAAAUAAUGAGUCUUGUUUUUAAGACCAGAGUCAGACAGGGUCUUCAGUUAGUGUGCACUAUGUCUUCAGAACUGAAUAAAAUAUGACAGAAAAGCAUCAGCCUGUAUUUUUACUACUGGCUGCAUCACUAUUCAUUUACCAGAAGAGGUCAGUGUGUACAAGCAAGUUGCAUCACUGGUGGACCAGCAUUGUAGUUUUAUAUUUAUCUUUUAUAUUAAUUUACAAAUUGGGAUGAAAUCUGUGUGUCAUGUAAAAUUAUUUGUCUGUCAUUUGAAAUUCAAGGAUAUUUUAUUGUCAUUUUGCAACACGGGUGCACAACAAAAUGAAGUUGUAGCCAAUUUGUAAAACAUCAAACACAUGACAAAACAAAACAAAAACAGUAGUAUAUUCCUGUAGUGCAUGUUUUGAAUUUGCAUCACAAGGAAUAUAAACAUCAUCGACAAAAACAAUUCUC